GGGCUGGUGACUCCUAUGAGCAGGCGCUCGCGCUGCUCGCCCGCCGCCAGCUCGGCGCUGAGGGGACUGGUCGGCUCGGCUUUCCUCUGCCUGGCCCGGGCCAUGAGCCUGUGCCGAGCCCCGCCGAGCUGCGAGGCGGGGCCCUCGGACGCCGGCUCCUCCCCCGCCCGCCUGAGCCCCCCUUGGCUGCGGCUGCCGCAGGUGCCGGGCGCCGACCCCGGCAGAGCCAACGACCUGUUGCUGCUGCUGCCGCCGGAGCAGCCGCAGCCGCCUCGGCAUCAUGUCGUCUAUUUCCCGGGGGACGUGCAGAACUAUCGUGACGUUAUGGCCUGCCAUCCAGAAAACUUUCAAUGGGAGUGCUGGAGUUUAGAAAAUAUUGCUACUAUACUCGCUCGUCGAUUCCCUAAUAGUUAUGUUUGGGUUGUAAAAUGUUCCCGUAUGCAUCUGCACAAAUUCAGCUGCUAUGAUAAUUUUGUGGCAAGCAAUUUGUUUGGAGCACCAGAACACGGCAGUAACUUUGGAGCUUUCACACACCUUCAUGCGUUGCUAGUUAAUGUAUUCAGUAUCACCCAGAACAUUUUGCUGUCCCAAAAGAGUAUGUAUAGUUUCAACACGGAUGAAACAAUAGCUGUUUGUAAGUCAAAAUCUGUUCCUACUACAAAUGGCUGUCCAGCAUCAGAGAGAGAGAGAAAUUGGGAACAUUUUGAUAAUUCUGCUAUGAGUUUUGGUACACCAUCUGCUAUAGGUGAAACAUCAUUUACUUUGAUUGGCUUCAGUAAAGGGUGUGUGGUUUUGAACCAGCUGCUUUAUGAGUUAAAAGAAGCUAAAAAGGACAAGAACACAGAUGCCUUUAUAAAAAAUAUAAGAGCAUUUUACUGGCUGGAUGGUGGUCACUCUGGAGGAAGCAAUACUUGGGUUACUGACCCUGAAGUGUUAAAAGAAUUUGCAGAGACAGGGAUUGCAGUUCAUGCUCAUGUUACACCUUACCAAGUGUUUGAUACCAUGAGGUCAUGGAUUGGGAAGGAGCACAAGAAAUUUUUGCAGAUUCUUGAAGAAUUUGGUGUGCAAGUAAAUAAAUUGCUUCAUUUUGCAGAUGAAGUCCCUUCUUUAGAUAACCACUUCAGAGUUCAUGAAGUAUUUUGAGACUUUGAAUACACAUCUGUGUACUGUUCUUUGCAAAAGCACUUUUGACAUUAUAAGUCUUGUAAGGUUGACUUACAAUUUGUUGCGCGCUGACAGUCUCUAAAGAGAGUACUAGAUCCAUUAUAACGUGUUAAUCUGUAUAUAUAUAUAUAAAUUCAUGUAGUUUAAGAAGGGGCUUGGCAAAAAGAGCCUAGAUGUUUUUGCUGAUAUUCCUAUAGCAAGAGAGAUUGUAUGACUCUUGGGGAAAAAGUAACAACUGUCCAUAAAUAGAUGUAUUUUUUAACGUAACAGAUGGACAUUUUUGUGUAAAAUGUUUGUAUUUUCUCUGAAACUGAUUUCUGUGGCCAAAAUUUUCAACCCUGCUGCCUGAAGUUAGGCUCCUACAUCAUAUAUUGCUGUCAGUAGGAGUUGUAGAUGCUCAGGACCUCUGAAUGUCAGGCCACUUUUAGUGGGAAACCUAAUUUUGACCUCUGCCAGUAGAAGACAAGAAUCUUUUAAGCUUUUUGGCAUAAAGGAAAAGAUGAUAGCUGGAACAGUCUUAGUUAUAUACUUCAGUGCAAACUGUACUAUCUGGAUAGUUUAAAUCUAGUUCUGUAACUUUCCCUAAAUGAAGCAAAAGUACAAAUGACAUUUACUUUUGGAAUAAUGGUGCCAAUCUAUUCUUCCUAAUAGCCACAGAAAGGGCAUGGUGCUUAUGACAGUUCCAUUAACUAAUUGCUAACCAUCUGCCAUUGCGUAGCCUUUCAUUUGGGAACUAGAGAAUAUUAAACAUGUAGGUAUAACUUUUUAAAUGACCAAGAAUGCUCGUUAGUGUUUAAUUUAUGGUUGUUUCAACAUUCCCUUGAGGCUUGACUAACUUUUACAACUCUCAUGCUUUGACUAUAACAGUUACCUGUGAGGUGUGUCAGUCCGUUUGUAUCUGAAGUUUGGGCCCUUUUUGAAAUCUGUAACAAAUUGCUGAUCAUCUAAAUCAAGCCAUGAAAUAUACUGCAAGUUAUAUGGUAAAUUCUAGAACAUGUUCUUAAUUUCACAAAGAGUUUUGAAAGAUCAGUUUGUAGAACCUUGAACGUUUGUUAGUAUAUUGCACACACACACAAGAGCUCUACAGCUUUAUUUUCAGAAGCAUAAUUUUCUAUGCAAUUUUUUUCUGACCAAAGUGCAAAACUCGAUAAGUACAAAGGAUGCUGUCAGCUAGUUUAGGCACGAAAGUUGAAUGUAUUUCAAAACUGCUACAAGAUAGGUGAGGGAUAGAAUCUGUUGCCUUACAAGUCUUUUUCAUAUUUAUCCAAGUGAUAAAUGAAUCUUGGCUUAGAAAAUCAUAACCCUAAAGAUAGCCACAGCUGUUGAUGAACCCAUGGUUGUUUGAAAAAAUAUUUGUCUGGAAGUACGUAAAACAAUUGUUACAGCAACCCUUGGUUGUAAAGAUGGAGCUACCAAAAAUUAGUGUGAGUCUACUUUGAAAAGAGAAUGUAUAAAUUGCACCAUGCUCAACUUGUUCCUUACUUGGGAUUAUAUCUGCUUGCUUAGCGACAGUUUUUACUUUUUCCUCCUUUUAGCUCUACAGUGCUGACAGAGAGAGCUGGAUUCUUUUUUCCUCAUGCAUAAUCACACAAUUGUUUAAUUCCACUCAGCUACCCCUUUGUAAGAACACUGGAGGUUAAAUGGAUGUCACAAACAGAAUUUGGCAUGUACACAUCUUACUGAUGGUGGUGGUAUGCAAGAAUGAAAAAUCCAAGCUAGACUCUAGAGAAAUCUUUUUUACUUGUCAACUUAGCGCAAUUGAUAUGGAAGCAAGUGAAAAACAUUGCACACUAAAUACCAUGUUUUACAGAGUCACUUUUCAGAGUAAAACAACCCAUUGAGAUUAAAUCUACUUCGACAGGCUUAAAUGUUUGCUCAUGA